AUUAGCGGGGCCGCGUCGGAUUGAGGCAGCAGAGAGACCGGAGCAGCCUCGGGACCCACGCCCAGCCGGCGCAGCACUUGGAGAGCCCCUCUCCCGCCCCGCGCAGCGCCCCGCGCCGAGCACACGGGCGUCGGAGGCGCGCCCGCCCGGCUCUCCGGCCGCCCUCCGCGGGCCUCUGUCUCCGUGGAGCCCCGGCGCGGCGGGGCCUCGCUCCCCUGCCUUCCCCGCGCGCCCUCCUGCUUUCAGGACUCGUGGGCUGGGUGGAGGCGGAGAGGCGUAGACAGGAGGAGAGGAGGCGGGGGCCCCGGCGGCCGGAGCCGAGAGAAAGUGGCAUGCCCGAGCCCUGCAGGCGGAGGUGGCGGAGGACGGGGAGAGAGGAUGCCGCGGCUCGGUAGGGCGGACAGGCGAGAGCGAGCGAGGCGUGGGGGGCGCCCGGGGGCCGGCUGGCUGCGGGGAGGUGCGCGCAGCUCUGAGGCUCCGGCCUCAGCACCCCUGGCCCCGACGCUGCGGGCGACAGGGCCGGGCUCCGGCAGCCGCCACCGUCGCCGCCGCCGACACUCGGGGGACCGAGCAAAAGUUUGGAUCUGGGGGAGGACGCGGCACUGAGCAGGAAUACCACCAGGGCUGGAAGGGGACCUCGAGAACCUUCUCAGAUUGCAGAUUGAGCUUAGCCACGGAGUUCACAGGCUGAUCACUGCUGACCUGAGCUACAACAGAAGAAGGGAGUUCUGCCUGCCCCGUGGGCCCCUGUUGACUGCUGAUAUCUUGGCUUCACUCAUUGCCUGUGUGGAAAAUUCUCCCUUCAGAAAAUCUUUUGCACAUGGCGGACAAUAGCAGAGAGAACAACGCAGGCUGAUAAGAUCAGAGACCCCAGGGAGAGCCUUUUACUGUGGGCCUUCUGGACUUUAGCUCUCGUAGGAGCUCUAGACUUGAACAGGACCCCACCAGUCAUUUGGGUUUACUAUCUAUUUUCGUUUCUUUGUCUUUUCCCCACCACAUUGUAUUUCGUUUCUGUAGUUCAGAAAUGGGCCUACAGACCGCACCGUGGCCCAGCCCUGGGGCUUUUUUCCUGAAAUCUUGGCUUCUCAUUUCCCUGGGGCUCUAUUCACAAGUGUCAAAACUCCUGGCAUGCCCCAGCGUGUGCCGCUGCGACAGGAACUUUGUCUACUGUAACGAGCGAAGCUUGACCUCAGUGCCUCUUGGGAUCCCGGAGGGCGUCACCGUACUCUACCUCCACAACAACCAAAUUAAUAAUGCUGGAUUUCCUGCGGAACUGCACAACGUACAGUCGGUGCACACCGUCUACCUUUAUGGUAACCAACUGGACGAGUUCCCCAUGAACCUUCCCAAGAAUGUCAGAGUUCUCCAUUUGCAGGAAAACAACAUUCAGACCAUUUCACGGGCGGCUCUUGCCCAGCUCCUGAAGCUCGAAGAGCUCCACCUGGAUGACAACUCAAUAUCCACAGUGGGGGUGGAGGACGGGGCCUUCCGGGAGGCUGUUAGCCUCAAAUUGCUGUUUCUGUCCAAGAAUCACCUGAGCAGCGUGCCAGUCGGGCUUCCUGUGGAUUUGCAGGAGCUGAGAGUGGAUGAAAAUCGAAUCGCUGUCAUAUCAGACAUGGCCUUUCAGAACCUCACAAGCUUGGAGCGCCUGAUUGUGGAUGGGAACCUCCUGACCAACAAGGGCAUCGCCGAGGGCACCUUCAGCCAUCUCACCAAGCUCAAGGAGUUUUCAAUCAUCCGGAAUUCGCUCUCCCACCCGCCUCCUGAUCUCCCAGGUACGCAUCUGAUCAGGCUCUAUCUGCAGGACAACCAGAUAAACCACAUCCCUUUGACAGCCUUCUCAAAUCUCCGAAAGCUGGAGCGGCUAGAUAUAUCCAACAACCAGCUGCGCAUGCUGACUCAAGGGGUCUUUGAUAAUCUCUCCAACCUGAAGCAGCUCACUGCUCGGAACAACCCUUGGUUCUGUGACUGCAGUAUUAAGUGGGUCACGGAAUGGCUCAAAUAUAUCCCUUCAUCUCUCAACGUGCGCGGUUUCAUGUGCCAAGGUCCCGAGCAGGUCCGGGGGAUGGCUGUCAGGGAGCUGAAUAUGAACCUUUUGUCGUGCCCCACCACGACCCCCGGGCUGCCCCUCUUCACCCCUGCACCGAGCACGGCUUCGCCAACCUCUCAGCCGCCCACACUGUCCGCCCCCACCCCCAGCAGAAGCCCUCUGCCCCUGACGCCCACCACAUCGAAGCUUCCCACCAUCCCCAGCUGGGACGGCAGGGAAAGAGUGAGCCCACCCAUUUCGGAACGGAUCCAACUCUCCAUCCACUUUGUGAAUGACACUUCCAUACAAGUUGGCUGGCUCUCACUCUUCACGGUGAUGGCAUACAAACUCACGUGGGUGAAGAUGGGCCACAGUUUAGUCGGCGGCAUCGUUCAGGAGCGCAUAGUCAGCGGUGAGAAGCAGCACUUAAGCCUGGUUAAUUUAGAGCCCAGAUCCACCUAUCGGAUUUGUUUGGUGCCCCUGGAUGCUUUUAACUACCGAACGGUAGAAGAUACCAUUUGUUCUGAGGCCACCACCCACGCCUCCUAUUUAAACAAUGGCAGUAACACUGCUUCCAGCCACGAGCAGACGACCUCCCACAGCGUGGGCUCCCCUUUCCUGCUGGCGGGCCUGAUCGGGGGCGCGGUGAUAUUCGUGCUCGUGGUCUUGCUCAGCGUCUUUUGCUGGCACAUGCACAAAAAGGGCCGCUACACCUCCCAGAAGUGGAAAUACAACCGAGGCCGGCGGAAAGAUGACUAUUGUGAGGCAGGCACCAAGAAGGACAAUUCCAUCCUGGAGAUGACAGAAACCAGCUUUCAGAUUGUCUCCUUAAAUAACGAUCAGCUCCUUAAAGGAGAUUUCAGACUGCAGCCCAUUUACACCCCAAAUGGGGGCAUUAAUUACACAGACUGUCAUAUCCCCAACAACAUACGGUUCUGCAACAGCAGUGUACCGGACCUGGAGCACUGCCACACGUGACAGACAGGCGUCCAGCGUGGAACCCUUGAGGACACACCCGGGUGUGCACAUAGAGACACACGAAUUACAUUUGAUAAAUGUUACACAGAUGCAUUUGCGCAUUUGAAUAGUCUGUAAUUUAUACGGUGUACUAUAUAAUGGGAUUUAAGAAAAAAAGUGCUAUCUUUUCUAUUUCCAGUUAAUUACAAAGUUUUGUAACUCUUUGCUUUUUAAAUCUUAAAAAAAAAAAAACAGUUGCAGAAGUACUGUACAGGGUUGUACCAUGCGAACCCAACCCCAAGAAACAGAACGAGUGAUUCUUCCUCAUGAUGCACAUUAACCACUUUGCUGUUGAAGCUGUCAGAAUAAAUUCCUUUCCUCGAGCUGAUGGUCAGAUCAAAGAACAGAUUAAAAUGGACUCAUCAGGGUAGGAUAAACAAUAUGGGUAAAACAAGAAUAGCCCAGAUAUCUUCUUGCUGUUGCUAUGCUUCCUGGUUUGGAAGAAAAGUUAAAAAUUCCAAAAUAUAAGAAAGCAGGUAGCUGCCCUGAUUUAAGCCCAAACAGGAGAUGUAGAAAGCAUUACGAGGAAGUCAGUUCCAGCCCGAUAAGUUAACCCACCCUGGUAGAAUUAAAAAGUGAGACGAAAUUUGAAGGGACCUUCAAACUCCUCAGGGUUGACUUUCUGACUGGGAACUUAAGAAUCACCUCUCACACUUUCCUGGCCCUAUGAUACAGAGUUAGAGACCGGAGUCUGAUUUCAGUCAUCUUCAGGGACAGGUAUGAUGUUCCAGCAAGAAAACUCCCUUGAAAAGUGUUACUAUUCCAAUUGUAUGUCAGGUUGAAUCACAUUCAACAGAGAUAUAUUCUAGAAUACUUUUUUAGAAGAGGCUAAUAAAAUAAUGGGAAGAAUUAUAUUGAAUGGAAUUAUUUUUGAUAAUGAGAAUUAUUUGGGUAGAUUCACUGCAGCUAUGUCAACAUGAUAUUUAGACCAAUAUACUAAAUGAGUUAUUUAAAAAGUAUUGAUACAAUUUAGACAAAAGCAAGUGAUCCGUGGUUCUGCUAUACUAUAUCAACUAUCUUUGUUAGUAUCAUGUUGAAAUAGCUUGAAUUAAUACCUUUAUCCCCUCAAAAAUUCUUGUCUUCCAAUCACCUCAUGUACUAGUUGUUUAAACUAUCGUUGUUUUCCCCCUCUGCUCAAAAUUUGAAAUUGGAUGCCAGUCUUGGUUGCACAAAAUAUCCAUGUACAUGUUUACACACUUUAAAAUGUAUGCUAAUUUUUACUGCAAAGCUGGCCAAAAUAAUGUAUUUUUUUUAAGCAAUAUGGAGUUUCCAGCUUGGAUUGAUUUUGAUCCUGUUCCAUUUUUUUAAUUUCAUUUGUUCCUUUCCAUCUUGGAUGUUCCUCUUCUUUGGGAAUUGUGGAUGGAUUAUCAAUCUUAUAUUAACAGGAUAACAGAUGAAAAAUGAACAGGUCAGAGAGUGAAGGCUUUUUCCUCUGAUCUUGGCAGAAUGGGGCAUAGAGCAGAAGGCAUAGAGAAGAGAGGGGUUGUCCGUGCUUAAUUCUAGAUAUUUCUGAAGCACUGUCCAUCUUUAGAAAGCAUGUAUAAUUUACUCCUUUCCAUCCCUUAGAUGUAGAAGGGCUAUUGAUAACACAUGUCAUCUUAAAAAAAAUACACCUUUGGAGAAUUAUUAUUUAAAAGGAAAUGUAAACAUUUCAGUCUGGUUGCACAUUUCCUUUGCCACUGGCCAUUAUUUUAGGGACCUGUGAAGUUACUGUCACAAUCAGUUUGCGUGUUCUCUCUCUCCCACUUUUAACAAAAUAGAACUGUGAUGUGUCUUCUUUGCAGAAGUUUAGGUAUAAAAUGCUAUGCAAGUUUUUCUUUAUAGUAAGAGCUUUAUUUUCUUUAAUAAUAUACCCCAACUUAUAUAUGUUUAAUCUCCCUUGUCCCUCAGGAUAAGCAGAAAAUAUAAAUGAAGUUAUAAUGUUGUAGAAACAAGAAUCGAACCUGCAGUCAGUCAAGCUGAAAUUAGCUAUGAAUUAAUUCAAAAGUGACUUUGGUGUCCAUUUUAGUCUAUUAGCUAGCGAAUUUUGACAGUUGCUUUCCUAAAGCUAGGUAGGGCCACACAGUGAAGGGGUUAGAUGAUCUGCAAAGGUGAUUGGUGUAGCCGUAUUAAGCUAUCUAAAAUGCAGGACAGUGACAUGGAGUUUUGUGUAUUUAACUAUUUCCCGUCCACUGACCUCUUCUCCUUGUCUGUGUAGAUAAAAGCUGUGUGUUAAAAUGAUGGUACUUUUGAGGGUUUUAUUUUUUCCUUUUAUCUACAAAAUAACCAUUCUCAUUUAGUUGUAUUGUGUAUGUUACCCCUAGUGACAUAUUUGGCUACUGAAACAUCUUUGCUUUGAGCCAGAAGACCAAGGUUGGAGAGGUUUCUACAGUGCCCUGUAGGAUUCCCAAAAUUAUUUAGGGAUCACGUGGUACAGUGGAGCCCAGUCAUAUGAAAUGGUUAGGAUGAUCUGAAAUGGAUCCUCUGUCCCUGAAGAGAUGGAAUAUAGUUACAGGCUUUAUUGUGAUCUCGUGCAUAAAGAUGGAUCAAAUUAAGAUCAGUCUCCAACUGGAAACAGCAUACCCGGGGCUCUCACCUGCACAUCACGGCAUUUGCGAUGUCUUGUGUGUCUUAGAAAAGCUGCUGAAUGACUGUCAGUGGUGGAUUAUGCUCUGGCAUUUUUAGUCAUGGGAAUGUGUUUUGCUGAUCCAUCUAUUCUGUAUUUAGGCCCCUCUUAUUGUCAUUAUUAUGUAUUUAAAGAUUAGUCAAGAGUCAGAGUUUCAGGUUCAGGCCAAGACCAGGAGCAAAGCCAUUCUCACUGGCUUACGGAGAGCAUGAUGCUGUCUGACACAUUAAGUGAUUGCAGAUAAUAUGUCAUGACUUUUAGAGCUAGGUGACUUUCACCAUGCAGAGGAAGUUCUGAAAGGAAAAGGCAUAGUCACGAUCAUACAGGUAUCACUGACCAUUAUUCGUAUCCAGUGUAGUCAUUUAAUACCUACUUGUUUGGGGGAAAUGUGUUUGAACAGGGACAGGCCCUGAGCUUCCCUCUAAACUGUCACAUGCAUUACCAACACAUUGCACAGGACAAUCACAGACAGAGACAAAAAGUGUCCUCCUGCCUAUGUGAGAAAUAAUGCAAUUUCUAAUUGUCUGGAUGUGUGUUAAAAAUUAGACAUUUUCUCUGAGGUUAAAAAAAAGUACGUGGCCAAUCUGGUAAAAAGUGUUAAUGAAGUAAGUAAUAUCAUGGCUCCAUUUCUGCAAGUGCAGAUCAUUGUGUCUUAGUCAUUCCACAGGAGAGAGAACUUCCUUCCCCACUGAGGAGGACAAGCUUUUCAUGUCGCUAAUAGAACAUCCAUUGCAAACAUACAGCGAUGUUGCAGUCCGCAGGGAGCAGAUGCUAUGCUCCAUCAGUAACCCUCAGGUGCAGAGCCCAUUGCAACUUCUGACAGUGACAUGGUUCAUUUCCACUGACUUCUCUGCUUAUGACAUUUUUCUCUGACUUACAAGAUGUUAAGUUUUACCUUAGGACAGGACAAUAAUGGUUUUGUGCAUCACUUAUCUUAACAGCUUCAUGGAAAGCAAAGCAGAAAAAAGUGCUCAAAAGGGAAAGAGAUAUACACACAAACAAAC